GCUUCCCGUAAUCCUCCGACAACCGCCAAGAGCAAACCGGCGGCUAAAUCCCGCGGCAAUUCGGAUCUGUCCAGCCAGUCUGCCGACCUGACGCUGUCCGAUAGUGGACAACAACCAAGAAUCGAUUUGGACGUUGCUUGCCGCUUCGUCGGCUUUCACCUUGGUCUCACCGGCAAGAUAGCAGGCCAACGGGAAGCUGUUUGA